ACAUUAAUUAGUUUAUAUUUCAACAAAGGAAUAUAUAUAAUGCACUACCCCCUUUUAUGGUUUAAACAGAAGCACUGAACUUGGCAGACCAGUAAGGCAGUCAGGCAGUCAGGUAGUCAGGCAGUCAGGCAGGUAGAGAAUUAGAGAUUUCAACUCGACCUUUCUCUCAGAAUUCCCGUAAAUAAACUCCAGUGAAAUGAGUGGGUUUAAACAAGUGAACCCUCCCUAGUCCCUAAAUGCAUAUGGUGAAAAAACUUAAAGAUUUUGAUAUUUUAAAAUUAAAUAAACAUGUUGUUUCUUCUAGUCAGCAUUUUCUACCAGCUAGGUUUGUGUGAAGGAUUCCUGGACAGUCCACCUUCUAUGAGGGUUGAACCAAACAGAUGGGAUUUACCUAUAGAUCGUCCGGUUGGGUUUCCUGCAGGACGGAUCUUAGUCUUCGAACUUAAUGAUAAAAAUCAGGAUUUAAAUAUAACCAUACAACCAUCACCGUACAAGGUAAAAACCUUACUUGAUGCUGCUGAGUUCUUCUCAGUACGUGAACUCGUAAGCAAAAGGAACAAUACUAAAAUAUUUGAAGUUUUACUUUCCAAACCUCUCUUCCAGAACUUCAAGAUUGGAGAUCAAAUGCUUAUUUCAGUCAAGAUGUAUGUGGACGGGUCGAUAACUAUUACCAAUGAAGUUCAUAUUAAUGUUGAAUUUCCAUCAAAUCCAGAUUUUGGUGUCGACGAUCUAACAACUAAAAAACCCACCCCUCGUCCUACCACACCCACUACACCUACACCUCCCCCUCCCCCCACCAGCACAGAAGAUCUUGUUGAGACGACAGUUAAACCAGAAGAGAGCAGUCAAUCCACCGUUAUUGUUGUUAUAGUCAUUCCUUUAGUCAUAGUGCUACCUACCCUAGCUGUAGGGAUAUAUAUUCUACGAAGAAGGAUUGCAAAAGUAUGUUCUUGUUUGGCCAAAUCUGCAGAAAAUAAAGAGGAUGGAAAGAGAGAGAUACAGUCAGCACUGUCAACAGAGACGAAUAUGACAGAUCUUCACAGCUCAAGGAAAACAAGUCUAGCUGUUAGCAACAGUUAUGAACGAGAUAUCCUUAACACCAAAGAAUGGGUCAGCACAGACCCCUGGGAGAUACCAAGGCAUCAUUUGAAGAUAUCCAGCAUCUUAGGAGAGGGGUGUUUUGGACAGGUAUGGAGAGCUGAAGGAACUGGAAUACUAGGAAACAAAGGAAGUAUGACAGUUGCCGUCAAAACAUUAAAGGAGUCUGCUAAUGAGAAGGAGAGAAAGGAUUUACUCCAGGAGUUGGCUUUAAUGAAGCUAUUAGAUCCGCAUCCUAAUGUUGUUAAACUACUGGGAUGUUGUACAGAGAAAGAUCCUGUGUUUGUUGUGAUGGAGUUUGUAGCUAAAGGAAAACUUCAAGAUUAUUUACGGAAGUCCAGAGCGGAACACGGAUACGGAAAUUUACACGGUGGCAGCCAGAAGCUCACAUCACGUGAUCUAACUGCAUUCUGCUUUCAAGUUGCCAGAGGGAUGGAUUAUCUUUCUUCAAAGAAGGUCAUACACCGGGAUUUGGCUGCAAGGAAUAUAUUGGUCACAGACGAAAAUAUUUGCAAGGUUUCUGAUUUUGGAUUUAGUCGGGAUGUAAUGAUAAACCAGAUUUAUGAACGUAAAUCCGAAGGUCGUCUUCCAAUAAGAUGGAUGGCUCCCGAAUCUUUGUACGACAACAUCUACACAACAAAAAGUGAUGUUUGGUCGUUUGGAGUUCUGAUGUGGGAGAUCAUUACUUUGGGGUCAACACCGUACCCAGGGAUGUCAGGAUCAGAGGUCAUGAAGAAGGUCAAGGAAGGUCAUAGGCUAGAGAAACCUGAACACUGUGAUAGGGAGAUGUACAACAUUAUGUACUAUUGUUGGGAUAAUGAUCCAGUAGAACGACCAUCCUUUACACAGCUAGUCAAGGAUUUUGAGAAUAUGUUAAUGAAGGAAACAGACUAUAUUGAUCUAAACCAGUUUCCGGACCAUGCUUACUAUAACGAAGUUAGUCUCAGUGGAGAGCGGGUUUAGGGGUUAUUCUGUACAUUGAGGUUUUGUGUACACCGUGGUUGUACAUAGUGUACACACCUAAACCGUUUUAGAACUAGUUUAAUUGUUAUUGUAUUUCUAGUAAGACAAAUUGCUAUUGUCAGCAUAAAUUGGGAAUUUGUUUUUAAACCGUGUACACUGUAAAGUGUACACUGUACAGGGUACACUGUACUGUGUACACUGUACAGUGUCCAAAAAUAUUAUACAGUGUGUCCGAAAAACGUGGGGAAUUAUUGACAACUCGUCUUUGAUCCAACCGGUAUUUUAAAAUUCACUGUAAAAACUGUCAACCUUGAGAUUUCCAAAAUGUGGUUUUUCAAAGUUGACAAAGAACUAAAGAUAUUAAUUGAUUUUUAACACUUUCAUUUAUUUAAAAAACUCAAAAUUAUCAAAACAAUUGACAUUUUCAUCAAAACUUAUAUUUUUAAAAUCAAGACCUUAUAUGUCGGAAAGCACAAAAGACGUAUUUAUUAAUGAUUUAAAAUCAAAGGCAAAAGUAAAUUGUCUUUCAAAUCUCUUAUGUUUCUUGGACCACUCUGUAUAGUACUGUAUUGUAUGCUCAGUUGAAAAUAAUGCUCCAUUACUUCUAUAAAUACUCAAACAGACUGGGGAAAGUGGGGACAAAAUACAAUGCAGUUGUAGAUAUUGAGAAGGAAUCAAGAAAUUAAAUGCUGAAACAAUGUAACUAAAUUUAACAAAUAUUAAAAAAUAUAUUUUCUCAUGUUCU